AUGUUCUCCACAAUCACUAUGUUGGCCUCCAAGGCCAGGGCAGCAUGCUCUAACACCAUCACCACCACCACUAAUAACAACAACAAGAAGACACUGGGUUGGACCCUCUACACGGACGACCGCCCUCCCACACCAUACCCGGGGCGGAGUGCCUCCAACACCACAGACACAAGCCCAAGACCGGACACAACCUCACUGUCCACCACACAAACAUCCCACCCCGCAUACCAAGCCCGGCGCCCUCCCUCCCCCUACCCCGGACGAGGAGAGCGCCCUCCCAGCAAGAGCCCCUUCCACCGCAUAUGUAAAAGGCUCGCCUCCAGAAGGAAGAGCGAGACCUCAACUCACCACCGCCCGCCCAUUAGCCACCACACGCCCGCCAACCAGGGCCUCCAGCUCAGCCGGUCCGACCUCCACCGCCCAAGACACCUCGUCUACGCCGACGAGGACCCGGACGUCCCGCUCCUGGACCUCGGCGAGCCCCUGGUGCGGGUCCCCAGCAACCCGUUCCGCGUCUCGCCCGCCCAAAAGACCUCCUUCAUGCUGUCGGCCUAUACCGCGGGCAUCGUGAGCUCGGAGCCCGCCCUGGUCAUCGGGCCCGACGAGAAGGACGAGGGAGAAGGAGAAAAAGAAGAAGAGCAGCGACACGAGGGAUGGCUCAGGCGCAGGCUUCGUCUCCGUAGGCUGCGGAGUGUGGUGCACCAUCUCUAUAACCUGGGACGGCGGAUUCAUGACCCCUGGACACCUGAUAUGAGGGGUGACUAUUCAGAUGAUGAGGAGUGGUGA